AUGUCCGGCCAUCAGUACGUACCGAACCCAGCGAACCUGUUCACCGAUGAGGACGACAUUGACGAUGAGCUAUUUCUGAGAAACGCCCAUCGAGCAGACGCGUACCUGCCAGCGGAGGAUAAGUAUGGCGUGUCGAAGGUGUCGGGGGCAGUCUACACGCGCCCGGAUGUGUUGGGCCCCGCCGCUGGAUAUGAGGUAACCGGAGGGGGGCUGGCGUACGCUGGGAGCAGUGGCAGUGCUGGUGGUGGCAGUGUCGUCAGCGUAGGCCCCGGUGGCUACGUCAUGGACAUGCCGGCGGCCGCAGCGUACGGUGGUUAUGGUGCAGGUGUUCCUAGCAAGCCCCUGGUGUACGGCAGUGGGGCGAACGUGUACUCCAGCCUCGGUCCAGACGAGGACGACGUUGCGGUGGACGACGAGAUCGCACGCCAACGGCAAACGUUCGAGCAGCGGCGUCGUGAGCUCGAGGAAAGCACGCUACUUACGUCGCAACGGUGCCUUGGGGUGUUACGCGAAACCGAGCAGGUGGGCAUUGCGACGGCCGAAGAGCUGCACCGGCAGCGCGAGCAGCUGGAAAAGACCAAAAAGCAGCUGGACGAGAUCAAUAACUCGCUGCGCUUCAGCCAGAAGCACCUGAACAGCCUGAAGAGCGUGUUCGGUGGGCUGAAGAACUAUCUGUCCGGGCGGAUGGUGGCCGGAGGGGGUGGCGCCGUUGGACCCGUGGCCGGUCCCGGCAGUGUCCACGGAGACCACGGCAUGACGACGGCGGGCGGGAUACCUCGGCAGAACAUAUCAUCCCCGACGCCAACCGAGGAGGACGAUCUCUAUCCGAACCCGCAGGACUUCCGCAUAGCGGACCCGUACUGGAACGCGGACCAAUCACCGGUACCACCACCGCAGGGACCCGGAGACUAUCACCACCACCAUCAUCCCCAUCAUCCGCACCAUCCGCAGCACCUCCAUCAACAGCAGAAGCAGCAACAGCAGCAGCAGCUGGCGAACGGCGGGGCCGGCGCUGGUACCGCGGGUGGCUUCAGCCACCAGCUCGACCAAAACCUUGACGAAAUGCGAGGCAACCUGUCGCGGUUGAAGAACUUGGCCUUGGACUUGAAUCAGGAAAUCGACAGCCAGAACGAUCUGAUCGACGACAUCUCGGAUCGGGUGGAGGACGUGGACGUGAAGAUCGGGAAGCAGAACAAAGACAUGAACCGGCUGAUGCGAAAGUAAGCGCAACGUGCGCAUGUAUAUCGAAGGAUCGGAAGGCGAUCGUGUGACCGUUCGCGAGUGCCACGAGACUGCAGGCGUUUACAGGCGAGAUAUUAUUAGUUACGAGAACCGGGUGGAGCUG